AUCGUCGAGUUAUGUACAACUACCAACCGAUGAGCGCGUGAUUCUGGUGAAUAUCACAGAGCACACAGAACAAGAAAACAACUUUGUUCAAAGACAAAAACCGCUAUCACAAACGCUGUCACCUAAAAAAAACAAAGCUCCACUUCUUGAGAUUCUACUGAACCACACCAUUUGCAUCAUCACUUGUUAUUUAUUUGUUCCCACUCUCCUAAAUAUCAAGCCACCUCCGUCAUGCCCCUACCUUAAUUUAAAAUCCCCUUCCAACGCUUUCUUUCAAUCGCGAUCCAUAACACAUGGCAUCAAUCUCAGGUAUUUGCUCCUCUUCCCCAACCCUUAAAAAAUUCCAAUACCAACCUCCACCGUUGACCAACACUCUCCGCAAAGAACACGUGUCGUUCCCCGCGCGUCGCGUUGAUCGGACUCUGAGCCUCGCCUGUGCUCACUCGGUCGCUCGGGAGGUUCCGGCGGAGGUUUCCGAUGGAGCGGUGGUGGCGAGUGAGAAGAAGGGGCUGGAGAAAGAUCCACGUGCGCUGUGGCGGAGAUACGUGGAUUGGUUGUAUCAACAUAAGGAACUGGGGCUUUACCUUGACGUGAGUCGGGUCGGGUUCACGGAGGAGUUCGUGAAGGAAAUGGAGCCCCGGUUUCAAACGGCGUUUCGAGCGAUGGAGGAGUUGGAGAAGGGCGCAAUUGCGAACCCCGAUGAGGGUCGCAUGGUUGGACACUAUUGGUUGAGGGACCCUAAACGCGCUCCCAAUUCCUUCCUCAGGACGCAGAUUGAGAACACUCUCGACGCCGUUUUGAAGUUUGCUCAGGAUGUCGUCACCGGUAAGAUUAAGCCUCCCUCGUCUCCUGAAGGUCGCUUUACUCAAAUACUGUCUGUUGGAAUUGGAGGUUCAGCUCUUGGACCACAGUUUGUUGCAGAGGCAUUGGCUCCUGAUAAUCCUCCACUUAAGAUAAGAUUUGUUGACAACACUGAUCCUGCUGGAAUUGAUCAUCAGAUUGCACAACUUGGAUCUGAGCUAGCCUCUACACUUGUGAUUGUGAUUUCAAAGAGUGGAGGUACCCCAGAGACUAGAAAUGGUUUAUUAGAAGUACAGAAGGCCUUUCGUGACGCAGGCUUGGAUUUUCCGAAACAGGGUGUUGCUAUAACACAAGAAAAUUCUCUGUUGGAUAACACUGCCAGAAUUGAGGGCUGGUUAGCUAGAUUUCCCAUGUUUGAUUGGGUGGGAGGUAGAACGUCGGAGAUGUCUGCAGUUGGCCUGCUUCCAGCAGCCCUUCAGGGCAUUGACAUCACAGAAAUGCUUGCUGGUGCAUCAUUGAUGGAUGAGGCAAAUAGAAGUAUUGUGUUAAGGAACAACCCUGCUGCUCUGCUGGCUUUAUGUUGGUAUUGGGCUACAGAUGGUGUAGGAUCCAAGGAUAUGGUUAUUCUUCCGUACAAGGACAGCCUACUAUUAUUUAGUAGAUACUUGCAGCAGUUGGUCAUGGAAUCUCUAGGCAAGGAGUUUGACUUGGACGGUAAUCGGGUUAAUCAAGGAAUCAGUGUCUACGGAAAUAAAGGCAGCACUGAUCAGCAUGCCUAUAUUCAACAAUUGAGGGAAGGUGUGCACAAUUUCUUUGUGACGUUCAUUGAGGUUCUACGUGAUAGACCCCCUGGUCAUGAUUGGGAGCUUGAACCAGGUGUCACAUGUGGAGACUACUUGUUUGGUAUGCUACAGGGAACAAGGUCAGCAUUGUAUGCUAAUAACCGAGAGUCCAUCACAGUCACUGUACAAGAAGUGACGCCAAGAUCAGUUGGUGCUCUUAUUGCACUCUAUGAACGAGCAGUAGGAAUAUAUGCCUCUCUUGUUAACAUAAAUGCUUAUCAUCAACCUGGUGUGGAAGCUGGUAAAAAAGCAGCAGGUGAAGUACUGGCACUUCAGAAGCGCGUAUUGGCAGUGCUAAAUGAGGCAAGUUGCAAAGAGCCUGUUGAGCCAUUGACCCUGGAAGAAGUAGCUGAACGUUGCCAUGCUCCAGAAGAUAUUGAAAUGAUUUUCAAGAUUAUUGCACACAUGGCCGCCAAUGACAGAGCACUUAUUGCUGAAGGCAGCUGCGGUUCACCGCGAAGCAUCAAGGUUUUUCUUGGGGAAUGUAACGUUGGUGAAUUGUAUGCUUGAGUCAGACUAACGAAAUUCAGGUUUUCUAAUGUUACAGUUGUGUUUGAAUACGGAUCAAAAGAAAAUCAGCCUGCAAUAAUUUAGUUUUAAUGUUGAAUCUCCAUUAUUAAUGAAAGUGGAGAUUUUGUUCGGAUAAAUUCUUGAAGGUGUUGUUGAAUUUUGGUGGUCUGAAUUGGAACUACAUUUGAUGAAAACACCAUGUAACCUGAUGGAGAAGCGAGUGAGUGACUAUCGCUAAAUAACUUGAUCAUUUUGCUUCCUACGUUGAUUAUUUGUGGGGUUGAUGAGAUUAGAGCAGUGGCUGUCUGGUGCAAUCCAAUGACAAAAUUAAAAACAUUGUGUGAUCACUAGUAGUACUAGUAGCAGCUGGUUAUUGGUUACAUAAAGGCUAGAAGAAGCUUGAACUGAAGGAGAAAGCGGAUGCAUUUUGGAGCUGAGAAUAAUAGAGAGAGAAAUAGUUACUAAAAAAAUCCUCUAAUACAGUUAGCUUUAUGAUCUGUGAUAUUCGUGGAAAGCUUGAGACCACUAUAGAAUACGCGGAAUUAUUCUCAGCACAACUGGUUUCUGUUUUUUCAUUUUUAGAAAACUAAUUUUGAUGUAUAAAUUACUUUUAAAAUUUUAAUUCUGGAAAUCACUUUAGGAAUUAAAAUUUCAGAAGUGUUUUAAUAUAUUCCAUAAUUUUUUAUUGAU